AUGGUCAAAGCAACGGCACAAACCUGGAACGGCGCCGAGUCCAACGCAACGACAGGUAGUGCAUUAGUCAACCUCUUCUUCCACAGUGCUCGAGGGCUCGAAGCAUCGGAUCUGCGCUCACUGCUUAGCAAGGCGUGGCAGGAAGACGAGCUAUUGACACUCAAGAUGAUUGCAUACAUUCGAGACAUCAGGCACGGCGGAAAGGGUGAGAGACAGCUAGGCCGUAUAUGUCUGCAAUGGCUAGCCGAUCAGUCGAGCGCUGAUUUAACACAUAACUUAGAACAUUAUGUCGUAAACUUCGGUCGUGGAGACGAUGUGAUUUGCGUUGCAAACCGCCUGUCCAAUUGUGCGCCCUUCGAAUUGGUAUCCAGAAUCCUCCUAGCCGAUCGCGACAACGAAUCCGGAACUAUAUCGAUGAUGGCGAAAUGGGUGCCCUCUGAAGGCAGAAAGAAUGGUGCGUUUUACACUCAACUGGCAGAGCACAUGAGACUAACGAACAAAGAACUGCGCGUGCUUUUGUCCACAUUGCGCGCUCGUUUGUGCCUUGUGGAGACCUAUUUGGCAAACAAGGAGGCACAUCUGAUAAACUAUGGAGCCGUACCAAGUCAAGCCAUGUUCCAGUACGGUAAAAAAGGUAACGCGUUUGAGAAGCGGGAUGGAGAACGAUUCGGCGAGUACAAAAAGGGAUUGGCGGAUGGUACUGAGAAGGUGAACACAAGCACACUCUAUCCUCAUCAGAUUGUGAAGCAGUAUUAUGAGCGAGGUGACAGUCAGGUUGAUGAGCUAUUGGAAGCCGGUUGGAAGGCGAUGGAGACUCGACUGACAGAUGAAGAGAAGAGGAAUUUGGCACAAAGCUUGGUGGUAUGCGAUGUUUCCGUAUCGAUGACUUAUCCGAAUAGUACUCCAAUUCUAGUGUCCAUCACAAUGGGUUUGCUCAUUUCCAGCAUGAACCCCCACCCCAAUUUCAAGGAUCGGCUAAUCACCUUCUCCCAAAAUCCGACCUUUCAUAAAGUACAAGGGUCCAACUUGCGUGAAAGAAUAGACAGUAUCGUAGACGCUGAAUGGGGGGUUAACACGGACCUUCAGAGCACUUUUAAUUUGAUUCUAGAUGCCGCGAUAGCAUCGGAGAUGAAAGCGGAAGAUAUGCCCAAAACACUCAUUAUAUUAUCAGACAUGCAAUUCGACGAAGCUGACAGUGGAGACACCAACUAUGAGUUAAUGAAAAAGAAGUAUCGUAUUGCCGGAUAUACUAUGCCUCUGGUUGUGUUCUGGAAUUUGAAUGGAAGUAUCAGCGACUUCCCCACGGGUGCGGAUGAACCCGGCGUUGCGCUUAUCUCUGGAUUCAACGUAGAAAUCCUCAGAGAUGUAAUGGCUGGGCAUGAAGUCACGCCGGACUCCGUCAUGAGAAGUGCAUUGGGUAGGCCAGCCUGGGACUGUAUUGAAAAGGCGCCUACGUCCAUCGCAAUCGACACAUCAGUGUCCCAAUAUGUAGCAUGAAUUAUUUAAUCUCCUUGUUUUGUGUGUUUUUACUUUUUUAAUUGUCUAUCGUCGCCUUUUUCUAAAGCAAUAAAUUCAU